AUGGCGACAAUCGUUGUUGGUGUUGACCGCGGGCAGGUAGCUCCGGCGCCGGCCAUUCCGGCACCACCGGGCGUCAACGCCCCGCUCUCUCCGGCGCCGUCCGUUUCGCCACCACAGGGCGUGGCCGUCGCCAGUGCCGCUGCCGCCGGCCCGCUCGCUCUAGUGCCGGCCACUCCGCCACCACCGAGCAUCGCCGUCGCCAGUGCUGCCUCCCCGAUCGCUCCGCCAAGACUGAGCUUCGCUGUCGCCAGUGCCGCCGCCCCGCUCGCUCCGGCGCCGGCCGCUCCACCAUCGGGCGUCGCCGUCGAUAGGUCCACGGCGGAGGCGGAGUUCCUCUGGGAGCUGCGCAAGUACGUGCUGCUCCUGGCCACGCUCGCCGCCUCCGUCACCUACUCCGCGGGGCUGGGCCCGCCAGGCGGGUUCUGGCCCGACAACGUGGACGGCAUCGUGCUCCACGCCGGCGGCCCGGUGCUCCACGCCGGCGACCCAGUGCUCCCGUUCACCUACCCUCGCCGCUACAAGGCCUUCUUCUACUGCAACGCGACCGCCUUCGUCGCCUCCCUCGUCAUCGUCAACCUCCUGCUCGUCCGCUCCCUCUGCCACCACCGCCGCUGGCUACGCGCGCUCCAGGCCGCCAUGCUGCUCGACCAGCUCGGCCUCAUGGGCGCCUACGCCGCGGGGAGCUGCCGGGACGAGGCCAUGUCUGCGUACGUCUUCGUACUUGUCGCCUUGGUCGCCACCUACGUCUUCGCCCACGUCAUCGUCUUCGCGCUGUUUGCCCCGAGCGCAAGCGGCGGCCCUGGCAACAUUGGCACGCCGGACGACAGCGUGGACCGCGCGCGCAAGUAUCUGCUCAUCUUCGCAACGCUGGCAGCGACCAUCGCGUACCAGGCUGGUCUGAGCACGCCGGGCGGGUUCUGGCCGGGAAGCCAGGCCGACGACCACCUCGCCGGCGACAUCUUGCUCAGUCUCCACCACCCGUCGCGUUUCAUGGUCUUCUUCUACUUCAACACGACCGCAUUCGUCGCGUCAUUGGUCGUCGUCAUGCUGCUCAUGAGCAGGACCGUGACGCGGCACGGGAUCCGGUCGUACGCGCUCUGGGUGUGCACGGCCGGGGCCAUGGUCGGGCUCAUGGGCGCCUUCGCCGCCGGGAGCUGCCGGAGCAUCAAGACCUCUGUCUACGUCGUCGCGUUGGUGGCCGCCGUUCUCUUCUACAUCCUCCUCCAGGCACUCGUCUUCUUCUGCGCGCCUGUGAAGAAUUUGAUCCACGAUGUGCAAGCAGCACUUGAAGGGUACCUCAAAUUUGAGAGAUUGGAGCAGCAACAUCAGCAAAGCAGAGCAUCCGGCGAUUGGGGCGCCUACCAGAUUAUCAGGAAGUCACGGAUGUACCUUCUCCUGCUCGGCAUUCUUGCUGCGAGCGUCACAUACCAAGCCGGACUGAACCCGCCGGGUGGUUUCUGGCAGGGUGAUGGCGCCGACGGUCACCACCACUACCACGCCGGCGACCCGAUCCUCCACAUCACGUAUCCCCGGCGAUACCUGGCAUUCUUCUACUGCAACGCCACGGCCUUCAUUGCGUCGCUGGUCAUCCUCAUCCUACUCCUGAGCAACACACUCAGCACUCAGGGGAUCAAGUACUGCGCGUUGCAGAUCGCCAUGAUCCUGGACCUUUUUGGCCUCAUCGGCGCCUACGCCGCCGGGAGCUGCCGGCAGGUGUCCAAAUCCGUGUACGUCUCGCUGAUCGUCCUUCCGGUGUUCCUCUACGUCGGCAUCCAUGUUGCAGUGUUCAUGUUAGAAGUGUUCCCGUCUUGGGCGGCAUGGCGCCAAGAGUGGAAGGAGAAGAUGGAACAAUCCGCGCCCGGCUGGCUCAAGGAGGUGUUCGAGCACGCCGAUGAGGAGGAAGAGGAGCGCACGCUGGAGAAGAGGCGCAAGCUUCUGCUGCUCCUUGCGAUUCUCGCGGCGAGCCUCACCUACCAAGCCGGCAUGAGCCCGCCGGGCGGCUUCUGGCAAGAGAGCAAGCCCGGCCACCAUGUCGCUGGCGACCCGGUGCUCAACGACAACUACCAGCGCCGAUACCUGGUCUUCUUCUACUGCAACGCGACGGCCUUCGUCGCGUCCCUCGCCGUCAUCAUGCUACUGGUGAACCGGAAGAUCUCGACGACAGGGCUACGGUGCCACGCGCUGCGGGUUUGCGUGAUCCUCGACCUCGUCGGGCUCUUGGGCGCCUUCGCCGCCGGUAGCAGCCGGAGGGUGUCCACCUCGAUGUACGUCCUCGUUCUCACAUUCGCAGUUCUGCUCUGCGUGUUGCUCCAGGUCGCGCUAGUCCUAUCGGACACGGCGCGCAGUCUCGCGGACAGCUUCAUGUCAAAGAUCGGCGCCGUUCAAGACGACGCCAGAGACAACGGGCUUCCGGCCACGGCAGCCGGAGCCCGAUCGCCGCGCGAUCUUUGGGACGAGAAGCUGCCCAAGUACCUAUUGCUGCUCGCCGCGCUCGCGGCAGCCGUCACGUACCAGGCCGCGAUGAGCCCGCCCGGCGGCCUCUGGGGCGACGGCCUGACAGAACACGUCGCCGGCGACCCGAUUCUAGCAAGCACCUACUCGCGCCGGUACAAGGCCUUCUUCUACUGCAACGCGACGUCCUUCAUGGCGUCCCUGGUAGUCAUGGUCCUCCUCCUGAUCGAGAGGGUGAGCAACACCCAGCCGGCGCUGUUGGCGCUGCACGCCGCCAUGAUACUGGACCUGUUUGGCCUCAUGGGCGCGUACGCUGCCGGGAGCUGCAGGAGGGUGAGAACGUCCGCGUACAUCUUGGCGCUUGUCGUCGGGGUCUCGGCGUACAUUGCCGUGCUGGUCGUGGUGUCCAUCGGCGUCGCGCGGUGGCUGAGAAAUGCCAUGGACAAGGUGGCGGAGCAAGUGGCGCGGUGCUUCUCGGUGCAUGAUCUCUAGGCUACCUGGUACCAUGGAUCCCAGAUUUGGUGGAUGGAGUACUUUGUUAGGACUUGUGUAUUCUCUGUAGCUUCUGAACUUCUGUGUUCUCUGUAAUUUCUGAACUUCGGUUGGGAUCCCAAA